AUGAGCAACUGCGUGAACUGCUGCAAGAAGAGCAGAAGCGCGACGGUGAAAGUGAUGACGCGCGCUCAAGUGCCGGCGCGGAUCCGAGCGGAUAAGUUGACGGUGACGAUCGCCGUGCUCUUCUCCUUCCUGCUCACGAUGGUUCUGCUCGGCGCGCAGACGAUCGCCGUCUCGACACAGACGAACACGUACAAGGAUUUGGAAUUCGUGACGCUCGGCGCCGAGGCGGUGGCCGAAAUCGUUCAGUUCGCAUGGUUCAUCUACGCGAUCGGAAAGCGGGAACUCAAAAAGAUGCACGUGGCGACGUACAAGGUGACGUGCAUCGGCCGUUUGUUCCUGUUCUCGAUCAGGUUCAUCGCCCACACCGUCUUGUUUGUCACCGUCGAACCGCCCGCCAACCUGCGCUUCAACAUCGUCGUCAACACCGCCUUCUUCGUCGUGAUCGGCGCUCUUCUGGCGUGUAAGUUGAGUGUUUAGAUGAUCCUCGAAAUGUAGAUAAUUUCAGUUCAACUAUAUCGAAUCGUCAAAGCGCUCAACCGUCUUCUCGACCUCAUCGCCAAGUACACCACUCCCACUCUCCACAAAACUCGACCAUGA